AACGCCGCGCGCCGCCUUCAUAUAGUCAUACGCACCGGUCAAUAGUACACGGUCGUUCCGCGUGCGGUAAUCGUCCGUAUUUGUUUGGAUUAUUUUUUACGAUUCAAAAAGUACAUUUUAAUAUCGUAUUUAAAUUUUUGUUUCGUUCGCACCAGUUAAUUCCAUCUAAACUCUUACGGAUCCAUACCGCCGCCGCCAACUACGCCUUUGACGAGUUCGUUGACGUGCGCUUGAACAUUUUCGAUAAUAAAUUUGUUGUUUUUUUUUUUUUUUAAUCAAGUGCCGGACGGAAUAGCGAAAGUUGCGGUACGUUUUUUUUUUUUUUUUUGUUUUGUAACUAACGAACAAUUUUUACGCUGGAGGGCUUACCCGUGGUGGCGGGCGGAGAAGCGCUCAGGUUGGCCGUGGCCACCGGCGCCCAAUUCCGCCGGGGUGUCGACGACGACCCCAAACUCCUCCACAAGUUUCAUCCGGCUGGUUACGAGUUCUAUAGGAAUUUGCACAAGUUUCAUAACCUGAACAACAACAACAACCACAGCAGUAAGAACAAUAACAACAACGACUCGCCUCCUUCGGAUAAGGCGGCAGCAGCAGCGGCGGCGGCGGCCGCUAUGAUCCUUCAACAGCAUCAUCGGAUCGGUAGCCUGUUCGGUCGCCGUCCGUCGUCCUGUGACGCCUCUUCGGCAACCGCGGCUGACUCGCAACCGCUCGAUCUUAGCUCGCUGUCCGUGCCUAAAUACAACAACGGCAGCCGGGUGCACCCGUAUUUUUCACCAAGCCCUCACCGCAGCAGCGGCUAUCAUCAACCUGCUACUAAAUCUGUAUCUUCUUCGUCAUCGCCGCCACUGAUGUUACAGGUCGGAAGUGGCACUAUGGGACACUCGGGCAUGGGCGUUGGAUCGUCGUCCGAAGAAGACGACGACGAAGACGAUGACGACAGCGUGAGCAGAAGGAGCGGACAAGAUUCGCCUCCACUUCCGCACCACGGACCAAACGAUUUGGACUCUGUUUCCGACCGACUGAUGCAUCAUCACAAGUACUUUAGCAGAGGAGAUGGUACUGACGCCGAAAGUAUCAAAAGUGCCAAGUCUCCGUCUCCAAUGCCAGAAGGAGACUACAAUGGCGACGACGACGACGAUGACCGAGAUGAUAGGGUGGGAGACGACAUGGUCAAUCAUAGUGAGGACAGUACCGGAAGCGAUUUGUUGCUCAAUUCGGAUGGCGGAUCGCCAGACAGAACUGGAGCAUUAAAUUUGGUUUCACAUAGACAUUCUGGUAGCUCAUCUAGUUCAGGCGUUAGCAGUACUGGACCAUCUGGUAAUAACUCAGCCAAUAUGACAUCUGGAAGUGAUCCAUUGGCUGCGUUACAAAAUCAACAAUUUGCACAAAUCCCAGGGUUAGGAGUUUUAUCACCUCAAAGUAAUCCACUAAUGGGUAGUCCACCUGGUGGUCAGUCUUCACUUACACCACAAGAAUUACAAGCACUUUUUCAACAACAAAUCCAAUACUUAUUGAUGAGACAGUCCACUGCAAGUCAUGGGAGUCAAACGCCGUUUUUUUUCCAAAACCAGGUGCACCAAGCAUUAACUCAAGCGUCACUUCAGCUUCAACAGAUUCAACAAGCUCAGAACAUUAAUAAUAAAACAAAUAUAAUAAACAUAAUCAACAAUCAUCAAUCUCCCGGUAGUAAUGGUCAGUCUCGACCAGUUGGAUCUUCAACACCAUCUCACCAUUCAAAACACUCUAAUCAAAAUCAAUCGUCUACUAACAGUGAUCUAGAUUCUUCAGCAGCAGCAGCUCUCAGUAGGUUAGCAGAAACUAAAACAAGUGCUGAUGACACUACAGAUCUUGAAGAACUUGAACAAUUUGCAAAAUUGUUUAAACAAAGGCGUAUAAAAUUAGGAUUUACUCAAGGUGAUGUUGGAUUAGCAAUGGGCAAGCUUUAUGGAAAUGAUUUUUCUCAAACAACUAUAUCAAGGUUUGAGGCAUUAAAUUUGUCAUUCAAGAAUAUGUGCAAGUUGAAGCCACUUUUGCAAAAAUGGUUAGUAGAUGCUGACAGUACUAUGACUAACCCAAGUGCUUUGUGCAAUCCUUUGACAACACCAGAAGCCAUAGGUAGACGUCGGAAAAAGCGCACUUCUAUUGAAACAUCAAUACGGUACUCUUUAGAAAAAGCAUUUAGAGCAAAUCCCAAACCUACAUCUGAAGAAAUAUCACUACUAGCAGACAAUUUAUCUAUGGAAAAAGAAGUAGUUCGCGUGUGGUUUUGCAAUCGUAGACAGAAGGAAAAACGUAUUAACCCGCCAACAACAACUAUGGCUGGACAGACAACAUCUACCAACACUGAUAUGUUCACGGCAUCUAUGUCAGUACAGAACCAAAGUGAUAUGUUUCCUAUGUUAACAUCUCCUGGCCAUCCAUUAGCUCUAGUAUCGUCUCCAUCUGUUGGCAGUCAUCAUCAUCAUCAUCAUCAAAGCAACAGUGAGUGACACUGGUCAGUCUCAUCGUCCUUAAAAAAUGGAUAUGAUGAGCUCGGCCAGAACACAUAUUUCAGGGCUCCUAUUGAUGGAAAAUUGUCUCUAUGUUAGGCAAGGCACGUGCAUGAUUUUGUAUCAAAAUUUAUGUACUAUGCAUAGUUUUAUUACUUCAUAAGAAUUUUAUUUAUAAAUACUUAAUAUAAUAGAAGAAAAACAAUCCUCGCAAUAUUUAUCUAUAUAUUAUGACUUAUUUUAUUUCAGUAUAACGUUUGUAUUGAUAUAUUAUAUUCUUAAAUAUUGUUACAUGAUAAUAUUCAUGUAAACAUUGUACAAAUAAUUUAAUUAUUUUGUAAAAAAAUAAACCUUCGGUUGAUGUUUUCUA